UUGCGGUGUGUUACGUCUUAAAUCUGCGCAAGGCUGAGUUGGCGUUUGAAAGGAGGUCGCAUUUUACCUGCGGACUGAGACAGCUUCCAUCAUGACUAAACUUCUGGAGUGGCUGUUCGGUGUGUCGUUCGUCCUGGUCGCCUGGGCUGUGGUGUCUUUCGACCUGUUGGACCUGAGCCUCCCGCAGACCUACAGAGAGGUGGCCUGGCCCAUGCCUUUGUACCUGCUGGUUUCAUUUGGCUGCUACUCCUUAGCUACUGUGGGAUACAGGGUGGCCACAUUCAAUGACUGUGAAGAGGCAGCGAAAGAACUACAGGAGCAGAUAAAAGAAGCCAAAGAGGACUUGAGGAAAAAGGGCUUGAAGAUGUAGAACUCGAAAAGGACUAUGUAGGAACUUACGUGAGACUUGCAGGGAAACAUGGACCACUGCAGUCCAGGAUAGAAACUUUGAAUGUUGAGUGUUGCUCAGAAAUUGUUUGUUACUGAGAAUGUCUAAAUGUGAGGAUGUGAUGGAACUCCUUAUACUUGUUUCUAGCAGAUGUGAUCUGAACAUCCAUCAUGACAUUUUUGCAGAAUUGUUUGUGUUUACACAGUUUGAUUUACUGACAUUUUAAAAUAAGAUAUGGAUCACUUGUCUUCAUCUAAUGAGGAGUGUAAGAGAUGGUGUUUCAUUUCCUUGAUUAGUCAAGUAUGACAGUAGAGGAGUUUACACAAUGUGGAAAAUGUUCAAAAUCAGCCUCACAACAUAAGAAACUUGUUGAAACUAAAUUACACUCAUCAGGGUUUCCACUCUUGUCACUGUGCUUGGUGGUAAACUGAUUCCACACAUCACCUCCGCUGAUGUGCUACGUUGUCAUCAUGUAAUCUUUUGCUGAUAAUUGAAAUGUCAGCAAAUGAAACCCAAAGGUCACAUCAGCAGCAAUCUGACAGUUUGCAUUGUUUUCAGUCUGCCUUGUCUCCAAAAUGCUAGUAAACAGUGUAUAUUUUGUUUGUUGUGUGUCUGGAGAUCGUUGCUUGUCUGUACAGAUGGACCAGAUUUUAUUUGUAUAGAAGUGUACAUUCCGUUGUCCGUUUUCAGACUUGUGCCCUAUGGACAUAAUUAAAUUGGAAUCUAUUUUCUUCA